AUGAGUCUCUCUGCUAGCGAGAAGGCUGCUGUGGUUUCUUUGGUGGGCAAGGUUGCCCCUAAAGCCAAUGCUCUGGGCUCUGAGGCUUUGACCAGGCUUUUCCUUGCCUUCCCCCAAACCAAAACUUAUUUCGCCCACUUUGACCUGACCCCUGGCUCUGCUGACCUCAACACACAUGGUGGAAAGAUUAUGAAUGCUCUUGCAAGUGCAGCCAAAAACCUAGAUAACCUUGCUGGCAACCUGUCCUCCCUCAGUGACCUGCACGCAUACAACCUAAGAGUGGAUCCAGGAAACUUUGCUCUGCUGGCUCACGUUAUCCAGGUGGUCUUGGCUUCUCAAUUCCCUAAAGAUUUCACUCCUGAUGUUCAGGCUGCCUGGGACAAAUUCCUUGCUAUAGUUGCUGCAAUCCUCACCUCUAAGUACAGAUAA